AUAUAGUAGUUUGUUUUCUUGUCACCCCAUUCAUAUUCACCCAUCAAGGUCUUUGUUUUGCUUGCCAAACACGGGCCAAAACAAAAACCAGUAUCUUCUCAUCCUUUGCGCGGACAACGGCCAUGGUUGCACCACGACUCUCGCCACGAAGAACCACCGGGCGGAUCCGGCCGCAAAGACUGCCGGCCUUUCUGAUCUGGUGUUGCCUGUGGUGCCCUUCCGGUCCCCGGUCCCCGCUGGCUAGGGUGGCUGCCACCGGCACUAGGACCGCGGUCGGCGGUCGCGAUCGCCAUCGCCAUCGCCUUGACCAGCCCGUCGUGGCGAGGUGCUUCACCGAAGAAAGCGGCGGUCCAAGCGAGCCGGCCGCUGCGACGAAAAGCACCAAAGCACCGAACCCACCGCCGGGCCCCGGACCCGAAUCCGGCUGCACCUCCCGGUUUUCCCGGCUGCGCCUGGAGUACAGCGUCCCCUUGGCGCUCCGCUCCGACCGGGCCGGCGACGACUAUGACUACGAGUACGACUUCCAGAUACUGCAGAAGGACUGCAAGGAACCCUUUGCGGAAGGAACCGAACCCUUCCGAACAGGCAACACCGCCAGGCGGGGCAGGGACCAGAGAAUCCUCGAGCUCUACGCUCCCCACGCCAUUCCCCCUUCGGUGGCAUCCUCGUCGCCGUCGCCGUCGGGAUCGCCGGUGGUGGAGUUUUGCGUCCUGGGGAAGAUCUCGGACCCAAGCGCGAACCACGGGGGAGAGCACGCGAUCGAAACCAAUCUGUCGGUGGAAUAUUCCUUUCGUGCCACCCGCCCCAGAAUCGUCCGGCACCGAGAGCCAUUGCCGGAAAGCAAGGGGCAGGGGGCCCACGGGAACCGAGGCGAAAGCAAAAACGAAGACGAAGGCAGCAAAUACAUUACCGUAUCCGAAGUCCGAGGUCUCCUGCGCAACAGUGUUUUGUACAUGGUGGUGGACAGAGUCUCUGCAUCCGUUCCAUCGACCGCGGAGAAGAAAGAGCAGGAUCGGCGGGAACAACGGCGGCUGCAAGAACAACAAAUACAGCAGCGGGUCCGGUUUCAUCAGCUUCGACAGGAGCAACGGCAACAACAGCGUCAGGAGCAACAGCAAUAUCGGCAUCGACAACAACAUCGUCUGGAGCAGCUGCAAGGAAAGAAGCAACAACAAUAUCGGCAUCGACAACAACAACGUCCGGAGCAGCUGCAACGGAAGUUAGCAGCACGCGAAAAGGGCGCGAAUCGACAAUAAAGAGCUGCAUCACGCGAAAGAGACAGAGUUUAACAUGAUUGCACUAGUUCUUUGGAUUUCGAGAUGGAUUCUCUUACACGUCAGGAAGAAUCAUUAGAUAGAUAAAGAUAGAGAGACUGAGCUAACAAUACAACUAAGCGGUGUCUGGAAAAGCUCGAGAAACUGGUUUCGUCUACAAUUCCCUCCUUUUGUAAUGAGAUAGAAAUGUCAACAAAUCCCGGGGUUCGAUGCGAUCGUACGUCCACGAGAGAUAAACCGUGCCUUCACCGGUGACGGAGAGUGGUGAAGUUAUUCCAUAGCAAUAUUCUGAACCACCGCGACAAAACUGUCCAUUUGGGUAAGUGGACAGGAAAUAAUCUACCCAUGUUUCGACAUGAAUUAAUUCCAAGACUCUUGCGACCGUGUUCAGCGGGUUUUGUGGAAGCGGGAACCGAAAGUAACUCUCCCAUCCAAGCUCGCAAAAGUGAUUUUUCUGUGCUCUAUUCGACCGUUUCAUGACUUCCUUUUUCCAUUCGCUGUUUUCUUCGCCUCCGUAAUCGAACAAGCACGUACCGAAGACAACAGUGGGCCAGUUCAUGGAAUAACCAUAGUGAAUUGUUUCGCCCUCUACGGAGCACUCCUGUGCCAUUUCGUGAAAUUCGCCGCGACCUAUAUAAUCCAACACAUUGGACCAGCCUAUGCUCCGAGGCCUCUGAGAUGCGAUGUAAUCGAUUGCAUCCUGAACCUUGGUGCACCGAAGCUCAACAGUGAUGAGUUUUCGGCUACACCACGACACAAGUUUUGCGACGCGUUCACAUGCGUACUUUUCUGCAGCAUCCAGUAUGGUCAUACGAGAAUCUUUCUUUGCGAGCUCCAUUACUUUCUCGAAGUCGAGAGCUGAGAAGACAGUCUCGUUUGAAGGAGGAGGUGGUGUACCGUCGGGACAAUCGAGAUAGACAAUGCUUCCACAAACAGGAUUGGUAACACCAAAGUCACCAGUCAAUUGAUAUUUCGCCAUCGCGAUGCGAUCUUGUUUUUUCUUCAAUAGUCCUAUACUUGCCCCUGCAUCAGUUUUGAAGGACUGAAUCUUCAAACGAGCCUCCUUCAAGGGUAGAGGAGAAGCACGAUGCCAGUGCUGUAGAAUCGAUCGAACUUCAGAAUCAAAGUGCCUCGCAGGCAAAGAAAGGAGGGAAGAAAGUGCAGCCUUCACAGCGGGUUCCGUACCUUCCGACCAAGUUGUACUGAACCAGACUUGAAUGAUAUACCAUUUGUACAAAUCACGUUCUUCCGUACUUGCUGCCGACCCCGCGUAUUGGAUGAGUUCCCAGAUGAGAGAAGUCUUUGCAACGACAUAUGCACUCGAGUCGAUUCCAAUGUAACGCAGUGGCGACGUUCUGAAUUCCAAUGAAUCUGAUGCCAUCAGAAAGCCAAGAUCCACGAAGCCGAUAGCAACGUGAGUCUUUCCGUCGAUGAGCACGUCUGAAUUUUGGGGGGGUUGUUGAUUGCUGUAACUGUAUCUUAAGCAAUUUGCAUGUUCUAAAGAGAGACACUCUUCGAAAAUAUCACCGGGCUGUGAGGAUAAAUACCAGAACAAUUUGGAAGGAUGAUUGGUCAUCAGUCGUUUCAUCAAUUCUUUCGGAUGGGGUGCAUAAUCGGGUCUCUGCAAGUGCAAUUCAAACA